UGCACGUUUGGAGGAGUGAAGGUGGGUGGGCUGAGAGCGAGAGGAGGAGAAUUAAAAUGCACCAGCCGGAUCCAUCUGCUGAUCUAUCUGCCAGGAAGAUGGCGCACCCGGCAGAUGUUCCCAGAAGGGGCAGCGGUGCCACUGGCAUCCCCUCUCCGUUGACUUUGACAAGUGGGCUAGGAGUGGGUGGCCAUAUGUUGUCUUCUGAUGACUACCAGCCUUCCAUGUUGGUGCAGCCACCACCGGUAUCCUCCUCUUCUCCUGGACCUCAGCAGCAUCCCCCUCAGACUCUGAACUUGAUGCCUCAAACUCUGGGACAGUCCGGGGCGCAGAUGAAAAAGAAAAGUGGCUUUCAGAUCACCAGUGUGACUCCUGCUCAGAUUUCAGCCAGCAUGAGCUCUAAUAACAGCAUAGCUGAGGAUACUGAGAGCUACGAUGACUUGGAUGAGUCCCACACGGAGGAUCUGUCCUCCUCUGAGAUAUUGGAUGUGUCUUUAUCUAGAGCCACGGACCUUGGCGGGCCAGAAAGAAGCUCUUCAGAGGAGACGUUGAAUAACUUUCAAGAAGCCGAGACGCCAGGAGCUGUGUCUCCAAACCAACCACAUCUCCAACAUUUGCCAUCCCAUGUUCAGCAAAAUAUCAUGAUAAAUGGAAAUGUGCACCACCCCCAUCAUCUUCAUCAUCAUCAUCAUGGACUUCCUACGGCUACACACCAUGGCUUACCCAGUGCAUCUCUAUCUGGGACCUCUCUAAACACAGCCGUUAUGAAACUAGCUACCCAAGGAAGUACUGACAGUGCAGUUACAAUAGGACCAGUCUCUUCUGCACCUCCUGUUGCUGUUCCAAACGUGGGGACCGUACCACCUAUAACGCGUAAUGCAAGUGGCCCUGUAAGUACUGGUAUCAAUCCUGUUCCAGGGAGUAGUACCUCACACAACGUUAAUAUUCAAAAUGUAAGUGGUGUUACAGGUCCAUUGUCUACUAAUGUCAAUGUAAACUCAACCAAUGUUACAAGUGCAAGCAAUGUAAGCGCUGUGUCUGGGCACAUUAAUACAAAUGUAACUUUGUCCGGAAAUGGUAGUGUUGCUUCAUCUAAUAUCCCUAACAAUGUUUCUACUGCAGCUGUGGGGUCAGCAACUGGAUCAGCCGCAGCACAGCAGCAGCCGGCAGCACCUUUGGCUGUAACGUCUAGGUUUAGAGUUGUGAAACUAGACUCUAGUACAGAACCUUUUAAAAAGGGCAGAUGGACAUGUAUGGAGUUCUAUGACAAAGAAAAUACGGCAGCUGCUUCAGAGGGAGCUGUAGUCAACAAAGCGGUAGAGAGUGUUAAACAAAACCCACUUGAGGUGACGUCUGAGCGAGAGAGCACCAGUGGGAGCUCAGUCAGUAGUAAUAUCAGCACUCUGAGUCAUUACACAGAAAGUGUUGGAAGUGGAGAGAUGGGGGCACCUGCAAUGCAAGGGUUUCAAACACUGGGCCCUCAGCAGAUGGACUUCAGCAAUGCCCUACCCCAGAAUGUUCCUGCAUCAAAUAUACCACAGAGUGUUUCACAGCCUCAGCUUGCACAAUUGCAGAUGCAUUCACAAGAUGCGACUUACUCUCCACAGAAACAAGUUGGACACGCUGCUACAACUUCUAUAAAUCCAGCUGUUGGAGUCCAGCCCACUGCUGUAGGUGUCCAGCCUGCCACUGUUAACAUUCUUGGUGUACCAUCUUCUUUAGGACAUCAACAGCCAGCAGUUCCUGCUAUGAUCCCACAACAGUUGCCAUAUCCUCCACAGACGCAGCCUAUUCAAACUCUGCCAACUGUUCCUCAACAACAGUUGCAGUAUGCACAUCAACAAACUGCUCCGACUCAGCUGACCACUGGGCAUGUAAUGCCAGCAAAUCAAAGUUCUGUACCGGGGAAUUUACCAGAAUACCUACAACAUCCACAAAUACUUCAGACAGCCGUUGGCCCUGUGCAAUCCAAUUCAGCAGCAGUUGGCAGCACAUCCACAGUCCCUGUUGUCCAAGGACAAGUUUUACAAGUGCAAAUGCAGUCUUCACCAGCACAGCCUCCACCAACGUGUGUAGCUCCAACUCAGCCUGUGGUACAUGCCCAGACUACCAUGCCUGCCACAGGUAGUCAAGUUGUUGGUGUGGUCCAGCAAGGAAGUCUGCCAGCACCAGCCAGUCAGUCUACAUCAUCUGUUGUUCAGCAGAAUGUCCCACCAACACAACAGGUACUGCCACCCACACAGGGCAUUCAAGUGGGUGCUUCUGUUCAUCCACAGCCAGUGAUGAUUGCACCUCAAAAUCCUUUACUCCCUUCAAAGCCUCCAACACAGCUACUGGAUCCUGCAGUACAAGGAAUGACCAAUCAACAAGCGCCUGCUGUUAGUCCUAUACCAGCUGCCGCUAAUGUUCCUUCCGUUCCACAGCUGAAUACAAGUAUUCCUUCUGGUAUAUCUCCUGCAACAACAACUUUAGGUCCUCCACCAAAUGUUACUCAACUACCAACUGCACAAAAUGGGAAUUUAGUCCAAAGUGGAAGCCAGGCUCACGUAAUGCCAAGUUUUCCCUUUAUUCAAAAUAUUCCGCUACAUAUGCUUACGGCCACUGGUCAGUUCUUGGGAACAUCAUUUAUACAGUCAGUGGCAAAUCAAAUUGAAGAUGCUCGUCGCUUAGAGCACGCCAUGGUUGGCUUUCCACAUGUUGGUGAAGGAGCUCCUUUGGAUGGUAACAUUCAAGGGUCUGGAUCCUUGCUUCCUUUGAGGUCUCUACCACUUACAACUCCUCUGGUUGAUGGUGAAGAUGACAGCUCCUCCGGUGCCAGCGUGGUAGCGAUCGACAACAAAAUCGAGCAAGCCAUGGAUUUGGUUAAAAGCCACCUGAUGUAUGCAGUUAGAGAAGAGGUAGAGGUGUUGAAGGAACAAAUCAAGGAGCUGAUAGAGAAGAACUCUCAGCUGGAACAGGAAAACAGUUUGUUGAAGACCCUGGCAAGUCCAGAGCAGCUCGCCCAGUUCCAAGCUCAGCUCCAGAACGGCUCUCCUCCAUCCUCUUCAUCAUCACAGCCUGUAACAGGCACCCCGGCACCUACACAGCCAGCCACACAAAGCUCCGGCCCCUCGGCAUAGCAGCUUCAUCUCAUAACAAGUCAUC